UGGGAAUCGCGAGCCGCGAGUGGGGAUUAGAGUGCUCGCUCUCUCUAAAGAAUCGUGCCCUCUAAACGAACGACACUCGCCCCAUUAAAGAUCCGUUCAGUGCCGGCUCUCUAAAAUUUAGAUGUUUCGAGCUUUUAGACCAGGAAUCGUCCUCCUCCAACUUUGUUUAACUAUCCGCUGACCAUAACAUCAUGGCGUUUUGAGAUGCGCGACUGCACGAUGAUGUUCAGUUUUAAUAAGCUUGGGGGAUUUCAGAUUUUCCGAAUUUCAGGCGUAGCAAAGAGCAGGAAAACGCAAGCGCGGAGUUCGCACAAAUCCAGCCGUCCGUCCAGCCUGAUCAUCUCCAGAUCGACCGCGGAGCAGCAUGCCGCCGGCCGCCGGCAUCCGCUCGACCAAGCGGAGCAGCAUGCCGCCGGCGGCGGUGCCGGAUGAUCUCAUUGACGAGAUCCUCCUCCGCUUCCCCCCGGAAAAGCCCGAGCUCCUCGUCCGCGCCGCCCUCGUCUGCAAGUGCUGGUUCCGCCUCAUCUCCGACCCCCGCUUCCGCCGCAGGUUUCGGGAGCUCCACCGCGCGGCCCCGAUGCUGGGGUUCUUCUGCACCGAGCGAGGGCGAUGGACUUCCCGCUUCGUCCCCACCUCCUCCGUCCCUCUACCCCACGCCAUCCGCGGCAAUUGGCGCGCCGUCGACGCGCGCCACGGCCGCGUCCUUAUCAGCACCUCGAGAUCCUCGGGGAACGACCUCGUCGUCUGGGACCCCGUCACGGGGGAGCAGCACCGGCUUCCCAAGCUGCCGGAGCACAUGUACCCGCCCCAGUACCUGUUGGGUUUCUACUGGACUGCGGCGGUGCUCUGUGCCGCGGUGGAAGGAGGCUGCGACCACUUCGACUGCCACCGCAGCCCGUUCCUCGUGGUCUUCGUGUGCACUGGCCCAACGGAGGCGUUCGCCUACGUCUACUCGUCGGAGACAGGUGAAUGGAGCGGACCAGCCUCUGCUCAGCUCCGCAGUGCCCGCGUCCACCUGAAUGUGCCCAGUGCCCUUGUGGGGAAUGCACUCCACUUCAUGUCCGGUAAAUGGGGGAGGACCAAGAAAAUCCUGAAAUAUGUUUUGGGCACGCAGGAAAUAUCUCUGAUUCACUUGCCACACAAACCCUAUAAUCGCAGAGAGCUCAUGACAAUGGCGGAUGGUAGCCUGGGAUUCGCCACUGUGGAUGGGUCUAAACUUUGCCUGUGGUCGAUGGUGUCUGGUACCAAUGCAAGCUGGGCACAAAGCCACACCAUUGAUCUCAAGACAAUUGGUACCUUGCCGGGAUCGCUUACUAUAGUUUGUUGUAUGGAUGGCAUGGCUGCCAUUUUGAUGGGGAUAAACGAUCAGGAAUUUUUCGUUGUUAAUCUGAAGUCUCGACAGAUUAGGAAGAUACCUAAGGGCCGUUUUGCUUACCCUGUAGUUCCCUUCAUGAGCUUCUACACUCCAGCACUUGGGGCAGCCUCUACAAGUGAGGGGCCAAGAGAAGGUUCUUCAAGUGCAUGAAGGACUUAAUGGUGCAAGGUCUUCUACAUCAAGAAUGGAGUGUCCUGCGGUGAUCGUAGAGGGGAAAAGUGAGUUAUUUUGGCUGCAUAACUCUUUAGUACCUGCGAUUUUCUGCUGGACCUGCUCUGCUCAUCUUCAUGCUUUGGCAUCUACUUCAUUGGGCAGAGGAGAAAAGACGUCAAAAGGGACAUGGAGAGAAGUUGUGGGUUGGCUUGCCUUACCUCUCUACUGUUAUAUCAUAUGGAUGCUAUUGUGUAUAGUUUUCUAUCUACUCUUGAAGGCAGCUCCAGGCUGCGGGGAUCUUGUUGCUGCAUCCUGACUAGUUUGUUACUUUGUCUCCUCUACUGCUAUGGUAAAUCAGCGGUGUGCAGAGCGUGUUUUGUUUAGCGGGGGUUGAGUCAGACCGCCUAUUAUUUUGAUUAAUGCCUAUAACUAGGUGAAGGCGUGUUCUUUAAACCUUUUGAUAAUGCCAUAUAUGUGGGAAGCUUCUGUUA